GUUGAAUCGGAAGAGAUGAGCUGAGCGGUGCCGCCAACCACGUUGACAAUCACCGCUCCAUUUGCAGCAACAGUACUGUAACGAACUUCCAAGAAAGUCUUGCUGAUCGAACAGAGCGCUACUGAGGGGCGCCCCAUUCCCAACCAGCAUCUUUGGGGAGUUCACGCAGCUCUUGAGCUGGCUUUGUGCGCAUACAGAACCUGUUCCCGUCCUUAGCUUAUUCGCAGCCAUGAAGGGUGGAGGGUCUGGCAUGUUCCGCAGCAUGGCAUGGACUUUGGUCAUCGUGCUUAUUUUGCUCGCCUCGCAAGCGCUCUUUUCGCUCUUCAUUUGGGUGUCCAUUCCCCUCACUCAAGAGCUCCAGGUCGCCGCGAGCUGCAACUGCGCGACGCAACGCCGCGUGUCCCAGAACUUUGAGGGAAUCGCGCUGCAAGAGAUCGUCGAUCUUUGGCCGCAUGUGCUGCGCCUGCCGGGAAGGGUUUUGGUGAGCGCCAGACCUGCUGUGCCGGCGUAUCCGCAUGCAAUCAAGAGAAUGUGCGUCAUUGGAGAGAGGCACAGCGGGACAGAGUGGCUGGAGGAAGAACUAGGCGCGGAGUUUCAGGGCGGCGAGCCGCACCGGUCGGGCAUGGCCUUUGAGAACUGUCACCGGCACAAGCACUGGUUCCAUUACCCAGGAAUGCUGGAGCCCUUAGUAGAGGACGGCGACCUAAUUUUCGUGGUCGUGCGCAACGCCGUCGAUUGGCUCCUCAACAUGGCCCAAGAGCCGCACCACGCUUACAGCCAUGCGGAUCUGCCCUUCGAAGAAUUCCUUACUCGGCCGUGGGUCCCUGACAAAAGGACGGACGUUUGCACCCCCGAUCAGGAGCGAUACCUUUCCACGCCCUACUACGAAACAUACUCGCCUGCGUUUGGGGGCCCGUAUCCUGCCGGCCCUGUCAAAGAUGUGAUGCAGCUGCGAGCGAUGAAGCUCGACAACUUUCUGCGGCUGCAGCAGUGGGUGCCGAACGCUCAGGACCGCGUUAUCUUCGUCAGGUACGAAGAUAUGAUCGAUCGGGAGGGUCAGGGGCUUCAGGACCUGAUCAACGAAGUGAAGUCUCGCUUUGAGAUCGACGGCCUCUGUCGCCCGGAAAAGGUCGUAGAUAGGAGAAAGAAAGAGGCACCACGUCAGCGAACCGCUGGGGUUGAUCUUGCGCAGGUCCAUGAUAAGCAGAACGUUGCCGGAACCAAGUUCGAGUCGGCGCAGGCGAUUCGGACCUUUUUCAAGGGGACGGAUUUGGAGCUGGAGAAGAAGUUGGGAUACAACUACGACUAUUUGCUAAGGCCCUCGACCUAGAAAUACAUGGAAUGAAAAACGUUCAAAUUUGAACGGGAUGUAUAAUACUUCACCAUAAGAUUCUAGUUAUAGCUGCCAACGAGCAGCAACGGUGCGAUUAUGUAUAAGCGGUAAAAUAUAAUACGUAAAGAUACUGCAAGGAAAUGACGCUGGGGGUUGAGUUAUACUAGUCUCGUGGGAACCGGUCAAGAAGUGGCUGCCAUCAACUCUAUGCGAUCAAUAUCUGUAGGGAUUUUCGGCGUCUAGUAAAUGGGCACUUUGCAAAUUUGCAGUGCCAGAUUAAAUCUGCUCAGACCUUUGCUUGGGGGCAGCGACUGUCCGGUGAGAGUGGUGCUAAUCUGACUUUGGUCGAGACGGGUUGCUACUAGUACUGGUCGAAUUCAUAAGUAUUGGGCUACUGCGAUUUCC